AUGGGCAAGGCUAGUUUGGUUCGAGAAAAAUCAUUUGGUACCACUAAAGACCGAAUGUUGUACAUCGAACGCUGUGCAAAUUCAAGGGUUGUGACCAUAUUUGUUAGUGAUGGUAACAAAAUGAUAAUAGAGGAGACAAAGCGUAGCAUCCAUGACGCGCUGUGUAUGGCUAGGAAUAUCGUUCGCAAUAAUUUUAUUGUGUAUGGUGGAGGCUCAGCUGAGAUUUCUUGCUCUAUUGCUGUAGGGGCAGCUGUUGAUACGUAUCCAAGAGUUGAGCAGUAUGCUAUCAGGGCAUUUGGAGAUGCUUUGGAUUCAAUUCCCAUGGCACUUGCAGAGAAUAGUGACCUCCUUGGGCCCGUGCAUCGGCGGCAUAGCGGUCACGGUAUCCGACCAUGCGGUGCAGGGCUACAGCGGGUAGAGGGGCUACGUCGCCGCCGUGAGCCCUUGUCGCUUGCCGAUGAUGGAAAGGAUGAGGACGAACCUAUCAAUGGCGUGCCAGGCAUUCACGGCGGACACGGCAGAGGACCCUCCGGCGGAGUAAAGAAGGGAAAGAGAGGGGAGGGGGGGGAGAGCAGCGCGUUCAUGGGGAUGGUUUUUUAG